AGUUGUGAUGUGCCAAUCACUGACCUCAAUCUGAAUGUUGUGUAGCGAUUUCUACUUUCUACUGAAUCCUUAUCAAACUUCUCGCAGUACUAAGUUUACUUUCUUCCUAAAAUGGCGCAUCAGUUUUGGUUUCUUUCAUUUUUGAUUCUGUUGGCUGGAAAGUGCACAAAAUCUCAAGAAAUUUUCGAGUGUGCGGUACCUGCCGAUGAUGACGUGUGUCUCCUGAGAGGAGUGAAACUUUCUUCACCGGACAAAAUCUACGACGUCGAACUGCCGGAAGCGCAACAAUCGGUACACUUCCUGGAAGGAAAUAUUCCAAACUUUGGAGAACCCAUCUAUGGUCAGCUGGAGGAAACAACUAAUCUCACCAUAAACAAGGCUGGAGUUGAGCAACUUUUUGUUGGACCACAACUCAUUCACCUGAACGCCAGUUGGAAUAAGUUAAAGCGCAUUGAAAAAACGCCAAAUGCUGAAAACCUCAAUCUACUGGUCCUGGAGCUAUCCCACAAUCUGUUUGAUCGAGUUCCGAAUGUGAAAGAAUUUCUUGGACUGCAACAUUUGAAUCUAUCCUUCAAUCAGAUUGGAUUCGUAAGCCUCGAAAUUUUCACUAACCUAUCUCAACUGCAAACACUGGACUUGAGCAACAACCGAAUAAGAUCGCUGGAUUCCGCUUUUCGGUUGCAAAAAUUAAAAUUUCUUCACCUGAACAACAACCACAUCACAGAUUUGGACUUUAACAGUUGGAAUCUUACAAAUCUCAAGUACCUGAACAUCGCCAACAAUCGGAUGCUUUUCCUUGAGGGUAGUGACUUUGAACUUUCCUUCCCAAGUUUAACCACCUUGAGCUUUUCCGGUAAUAUUUGGAACUGCAGAGCCCUCUCCAAACUAUAUCCUCACCUUCAAAAUCGUUCUAUCAGCUACCAAACAGACCAAUUGCCUUGUCCGACCAAUCGGUCGUCCGUUUAUGACAUCUGUUGUGACGAUAGUUAUGUGAACUUCGUAACACUAAAAUCCCAGUGGGACAUCCGGAAGCUGCGAAAGGAAAUGGACUUUAUGAACGAUAUGAUGAAGGUCAAGCUGAUUGAGGUUAGCCAGGAGCAGGACGCUCAGAUUGAGUUGCUGCAGCGGAAGUUGACCGAGCAAGAGGAAAAGAUGGACGCCAUGAAGAAUCAUUUGCUGCAGAUGUCCGGCAUGAUUGAAGAUUUGAUUGAGGAACUGUACCUGAGAUAUCAGGAAAAUGGGCAGACAAGGUCGAUGCUGAUGACGGGGAAUAAAAUUGCUUUUUGAUGCUUUGAAAUUAACUUGGCUAUGAUUAAUCUUUAAAUAAA